CUUUAAUUUGUUCUUUGGUUUCCUCAUCACCAUUUUCUUCUUCUUCUGAGAGAGAGAGAGAGAGAGAGAGAGAGCACAAAGAUAUGGGGAAUUGUCAAGCCAUUGAUGCAGCAACGCUAGAGCUACAACACCCAAAUGGGAAAGUGGACAAGUUUUAUUGGUCUGUGAGUGCUAGUGAGAUUAUGAAGAUGAAUCCUGGCCACUAUGUUGCUCUUCUCAUCUCCACCGCCUUGUGUCCUUCCAAUAAGAACAACAACAACAACAACAACAGCAACAGCAAUAACAACCAGGUUCGUGUAACAAGGAUCAAGCUGCUCAGACCGACAGACACUCUUGUUCUUGGCCAAGUUUAUAGACUAAUCACCGCUCAAGAGGUUAUGAAAGGCUUGUGGGCAAAGAAGCAAGCAAAGAUGAAGAAAAACCAGUCAGAAUCAGGAGAGAAGCCGGAGACAACAGCAAGAAGAUCUGAACUGGAGAAGGCCGACAAUCAUGUGAGCAAGCAUGAGAGACACAGAUCAUCGAGGACAACAACAUCAUCAUCAUCAUCAUCAUCAUCAACAAACUCUGCCACAGCCAGGCCAAGAACAUGGCAACCAAAGUUGCAGAGCAUCUCAGAGGCUGUGAGCUGACCAUGUUUUCCCAUCCUCAAACAUGCUGCCGCAAGCUAAGAGACAGAGAAGCAGUGGAUUAACGAUCCAUCCUGGCAACAUGAUGUUCUGAUCUUAGAGCUGUGAUCAAAAACUUCUUUUUUCCUAUUUUGGAGAUCUGGGUUAUGCAUAAAUUGUGUAUAUAUAGCAGAUGGGCACAUGUCCAACAUCAUUGUAAUCAAGUGGUCUUGUGAAAUGGAAGUAACUCCCUUUUAGAUACAUAA